AUGCCGUGGUCUCCGACGAAGGCUUUCCAUCAUCCGCUCGCCGCCAUGGAGUAUGGAGACAUCGAUAAGCCUGUGGCGAAUUACUUCAGCUUCGCUGUGAUGGAGCUUUUGACGUGGCAGGGGCUUGGAGACCUCAUUAACAAGUUCCGCGUACAGACUCUCAAGUUAGAUGCGCGACUUCGAGUACCUCACUCAUAUCUGUGGUCUCAAUCCUUGAUCGCCAGACCCCCAGACUGGCCUCCUCAUCUUAGUGUUACGGGUUUCUCGUUCUUGGAUCAAGGCUCGACCUACACGCCUCCUGAAGACCUGGCCGCAUUUCUCCAGAAAGGCCCAACCCCUGUUUACAUCGGCUUCGGAUCGAUAGUAGUGGACGACCCAAAGAAGUUAACUGAACUUAUUCUUGAAGCAGUCCGCUUGGCAGGAGUUCGUGCGAUUGUAUCAAAGGGUUGGGGCGGCAUCGGCGGCGGUGAAGUACCCGACAGUGUCUACCUCAUUGGAAACUGUCCUCAUGACUGGCUCUUCCAACGUGUAUCCUGUGUUGUUCAUCACGGUGGUGCUGGUACAACAGCAGCAGGCAUUGCGCUAGGAGUGCCUACAGUCGUGGUGCCAUUCUUCGGCGACCAGCCGUUUUGGGGCCAGAUGAUCGCUCGUGCUGGUGCUGGUCCAAAGCCGGUUCCGUUCAAACAAAUGACUGCCGAGAGUCUUGCAGCUAGCAUAAAGUUUGCGCUUCGAGACGAGGUUAAGAUAGCCGUGCAAGAAAUGGCGGCUCAGAUAGCCAAGGAAGACGGUGCUGCAGCGACCGUGGAGGCAUUCGAGCAGAACCUGGAUAUUGACAAGAUGAGAUGUCAUGUCUGUCCGGAACGUUUAGCCGUAUGGCGUGAUAAGAAAACAGGUGCACAUCUCUGCAGUCUCGCAGCGUGCGUUCUUGUAAAGGAUGGCUCGAUCCACCCGAGACAUUUACGUUUGUAA